CUUUCUCUCCCAUCCUGAUUCUUGCCACCGGAUGCAGAUGCCCUGCCCGCUGACAGCGGAACAGGCUCCUCACCCUGAGGACCCGUGGAGAAAGCAGCCAGUACCAUACCAGCUUGGAGGACACUUCAGGAAAAGAGCCCCUGGAAACAACUGAUCUGCUUCCUGUCACUAGUUCUGCCUUUUCUAGUGUUUAUAAUUUCAUAUAAACAGAAUCAUACAGACAGUGUCCUCUCUGUGUGAUGGCAUGCUCACAGACCUGCUCCCAAGUACUGGGGCUGAGCCUCGGGACUACAGCCCUGUUUGCUGCUGCAGCCAACACAGUGCUCCUCCUUCCUAACUGGGAUGUGACCUACCUGUUGAGGGGCCUCAUUGGCAGGCAUGCCAUGCUGGGCUCUGGGCUCUGGGGUGGAGGCCUCAUGGUUCUCACUGCAGCUACCCUCAUCUCCUUGACGGGCUGGAGAUAUGGCUGCUUCAGUAAGAGUGGGCCCUGCCAAAGUAUGCUUACUGCUCUGUUGUCAAGUGGCCUGGCUUUUCUUGGGGCCUUGAUUUGCUUUAUCACUUCUGGAGUAGCCCUGAAAGAUGGUCCUUUUUGCAUGUUCGAUGUUUCGUCCUUCAAUCAGACACAGGCUUGGAAACAUGGUUACCCAUUCAAAGACCUGCAAAACAGGAAUUAUUUGUAUGACCAUUCACUCUGGAAUUCUGUCUGCCUGGAGCCUUCUAAAGCUGUCAUGUGGCACGUGUGCUUCUUCUCUGCCCUUCUGUGCAUCAGCCUCCUCCAGAUUCUCCUGGUGGUCAUUCAUUUCAUCAACAGCUUCCUGGGCCUUUUCUGCAGCCUCUGUGAGAAGUAA